GCGGCGCACACCGAGAGGUGGCGGGGCAGCUAUGCAGCUGGCCGGGUUAUCGCUGCUGCUGUUCGCCGGGGCGGCGGGCAUGGCCGUGGGACCGGCCCCGGGACUCGCGGUGGCGCGGCCGGGGGCCGAGCGGCGGGUGGUGGCGGCGGGGGCCGGCAAGGAGAGGCGGGCGCAGUUCGCCUCCUGGGACGAGGUGAACGUGAUCGCCCACGGGCUGCUGCAGCUCGGCCACGGCCUGAAGGAGCACGUGGACCGCACCAAGGGGCAGAUGCGGGAGCUCGGCAGCCGCCUCAGCGCCCACAACAGCUCCAUGGGGCGGCUGCUGCGCCAGGCGCGGGAGGCGCAGGAGCGCGGCGAGCGGCUGCGGGCCAGCGUGCGGGAGCUGGAGGGCCGCGGCCGACAGCUCCUCAACCUCUCCGAGGCUCUGCGGCAGCGCCUGGAGGAGGUGGCGGCUGACAAAGCCGAGAUCCAGGGCCGGCUGGAGCAGCUGGAGGGCCGAGUCCGGCUGGCGCUGCAGGCGCGACCGGCGGAGAACCAGAGCGCCAAGGACCUGGGAGCGCUGCAGUCCCUGAUGGAUGCACAGAACUUGCGAAUCGAGGAGCUCUUGCAGAAGAUCAAGCAGCAGCAGUACAAGCUGGACAAGCAGAAUCUGCAGAUUAAAAGCCUACAGAGCAAGGUCAAUCUACUGAUCCCCUUACACCUAAAAGACAACAAAACGCAGUCUCCAAAGUGGAAGAUAAACCUGAAGAAAAGCCUGAGUCUCACCAACCAGAGCCAGAACGCGAGCGGGGACCCGGUGCUGACACAGAAGCUCCCGGAGGAUUGCCACCAGCUCUUCCUGGCCGGGCAGCAGAGCAGCGGCGUUUUCCAGGUGCAGCCCGCGGGUUCCGAGCCCUUCAAAGUCUACUGCGACAUGACUGCAGAAGGUGGCUGGACGGUGAUCCAGAGGCGCACAGAUGGCUCUGUGGACUUCGACCAGCUGUGGGAUGCCUACAAGAAUGGCUUUGGAGACCUUCAUGGUGACUUCUGGCUGGGCCUGGAGAAGAUACAUCACCUUGUGCAAGAGGGAAGAUACAAUCUCCUGAUUGAGCUGGAAGACUGGGAGGGGAAUUCCCAGGUGGUUCAGUUUGCCUUCAGCCUCGGCGGGGAGGGCACAGCCUACACACUCACCCUGCUGGGGCCUCUGUCAGGAGAACUGGAAAACGCCAUUGGGGACUUCAGGCAGCUGCCCUUCUCCACCCGGGAUCGCGACCACGACCUCAAAGCCGACACAAACUGUGCCAAACACCUCUCAGGUGGCUGGUGGUUCAGCACCUGUGGCCAUGCCAACCUCAACGGGAAGUAUUUCCGCUCCAUCCCGCGCCAGAGGCACGAGCGCAAGCAGGGCAUCUUCUGGAAGACAUGGAAAGGCAGGUACUACCCGCUGAAGUCGACCACCAUGAAAAUCCAACCUGCAGCCCUGGAAGCAGAGCCCUAAAGCUGCCGUUUGAGACUUGACCUCCUCUGUGGAGCACAGACCUGAGCUCCAUCACUUGGUGUUUACAGAAAACAACCCCACCCUUCCUGGGAAGUCCCCAGGGAGGGUUUCUCUUGCUUAGUAGCCCGUCAGUGGCGUGACGGAGCUCCUCGCCGUCAGUAAAACAGCUCCGUGUUGCUGAAACCCCUGGCUGGGAGCUCCCAAAGCAGAAGAGGAGCUGUCAGCAGGGAGUUCCACCUCCAGAGCAGGCACGAGGCUCUUCCAGCCUGCUGCUGCGGCAAGUUCAAGUCGUCUGGUGCUUUCUGUCCUGUCUGAACACUUCUGUGCUGGUUUUGAUGAGCUGGGCCUGGGGGAAGGGGAGCAUGUCAAGUGUUUCACUACCCUGGACCCAAGCGUUUGGUACGGAGCCCUGCCACAUCCUGUCCUCCACUGUUCCCAGAUGAUGUCCUCGUACCCUCCUGUGAAAGCCCCAUGGCCCUACUGGUGCUGGGAGCCCUGGGCAGCUCUGCUGGCAUAGCCACCGCUCCAGUGACUGUGACCUGUGGAGAACGUGGCUUUUGGUGGGAAGGCUGAAGGAUGCCCUGGGCAGGAGGGGACCUCAGGCUCACUUGGCUUCCCUGACCCCCAUGGCUUCAAAGCCCUGUAUUUCUGUGCUGGAAUUUGCCAGGAGCUGGGGAAAACCUGCUUCCAGCUCCAGGAGACAAUGGGUGGGAUCCUACAGCUGGUUACAUGAGGGUCAGAUCCUGGAGGGUUGUCCUAAGCUCAGCCUGAAGCCUACCAGUGCUGCUGGGUUAGGACAAGCCCUAGGACAGCACAGGUGCAGAGCAGUGACUGUCCCUGGGCAGGACCAGCUCUGCUGUUGGCUGUAGAUCUCCCUGAAACCUGGAGAGAUACCAGUGCCAACCCCAAAACUGACUCCAAAGGGCCAGGGGACAACAGGGUUUCUCUGCACAAGCCGUGUCACCUUGUGGGGUGCGUACCCUGACAUAUCGCCUCUGAGUUUUGGGUGGGGGGCUGGAGAGAGGUGGGAAAAACAGGUCCUCAAAAAUGUUCUGGGCCAAAUUCCGUCUUGGGGCUUCCCAAGCAUCCUGCCCUAUUGAAGUCAUAUUGACUUCUGUGCUAGAGCUCCUAGCUGCUAAAUAUUGUAAAUAGUCGUUUGUAGGAUGUUGGAUCUUGUUGAUGAAUUUGCUGGUUUAAGUUGUUUCCAUAUUUAAAAGCAGUGUUAAUAACAGUGUGGUGUAAUUUAUAAAUGUUGAAGCUGGAAAAAAGGCAACUGUAGUUUGUGUAUUUUAAACUUUUUUUUUGUACUAAAGUAUCUUUUCUGGAGAUGUCUUUUAAUAAAAACAAGCCUGGAACUGUG